GUCGCACAACAGUUUGGAUAACGCCCAUCGAUCAUAUAAAUAUGGUGUGAGUCGUGUCUUUGCACUUGUGAUCUACUGACUGUAGCUCACAUCACGAAUAUUCUCCAAAUAAAACCUUUGAAGAAACUGUUCAAUAUCUCCAGCCUGUAUUCCGAUAAUCAACAUUCUCACUUCUGAAACGAACACGCAGAGGAAGAAAAAGGCCACCUUCCUCCAACAGUAACAAGUAUGGGGAUGCCAAGAGGAGUAUUACUGUUUCUGACUUGGCAGCUCAUAACAAGAGGAUCAGCGGUGAAUGGAAGUUAUUUUACCCGACCUGAACCUGAUGGUUUUGGAAUGGAGCCAAUAAUAAUCGCCUCUGAAACAACGACCGGUGUCAUGGCACAACCAGUUGAUGAGGGGGAGGUCCGUCUGGCGAAUGGUGCAAACGGCUCCUGCUCCGGCAGAGUGGAAAUCUUCCAACGCGGGCAGUGGGGAACGGUGUGUGACGACAUCUGGGACCUGAAGCAUGCACAAGUGGUGUGCAGGCAGUUGGGCUGCGGCAGGGGCCUGGCGGCCCUCCACAGGGCUCACUUUGGAGAGGGCAGAGGGCCCAUUUGGCUGGACAACGUCAGAUGCACCGGAAGUGAAGCAAAGCUGGGAGAGUGCAAUCACCAAGGGAUGGGGUCGCACAACUGUGGUCACCAAGAGGAUGCUGGAGUGGUUUGUGAAGCUGCUUCACCCGUUAGGCUGGUCAACUCUGACAACCGCUGCUCUGGAAGAGUUGAGGUCCACCAUAAUGGACAGUGGGGGACUGUGUGUGACGACCUUUGGGACCUCACCGACGCCAACGUGGUGUGUAGACAGUUGGACUGCGGCAGGGCUCAUUCAGCACCGCCCAAUGCAGAUUUUGGACAAGGGAGAGGACCCAUCUGGUUGGAUGAUGUUCAUUGUUUUGGAAAUGAAACCUCAAUAACAAGCUGCCGACAUCUUGGAUUUGGGAGACACAACUGCGUUCACAAUGAGGAUGCUGGAGUGGUUUGUCAAGCUGACCAACCUUCACUGAGACCAUCACAACUUAUUUGUGGGCCUGACAAAAUCCAAGUGGGCCUGAAUUCGGUUAGCACAACAAGCGCUGGUUACAACCCACUUUCUGGCAACCUGGCAGUCCACAACUGUUCCUCGGUCGGAAUGCUGAGUGGCAUCGUGUGGUAUGAGGCCGACACGAAGGCAGAUGCCUGCGGAAACACGCUGACAACCAACCAGACACACGCCAUCUACUCCAACAGUCUAUUCAUCUACCCAUUGAACAACACAUCCUUCUCUCUUCCUCUAAAACUUCCUUUCUCGUGUGCCUAUCCCCUGGAUACAGACAGCCGGCUGAAUGUAGCCAUCAGGCCGUACAUGGAUUGGGAAGAUGCUCUUGUUGGCUCGGGUGACCAAGCCAGAGCCUCCAUGGUCUUGUUCCGCAACUCCAAUUACACUGACCCUUAUGCAGCGGGUGUAGUUUUCCUUCCAGUGGGCUCAUCAUUGUAUGUGGGGGUCUCCGUGGACAAAAGAGAUCAAAGCUUGGCACUUGUUUUGGAGGAUUGCUUUGCUUCUCAAUCCCCAAACCCUGCGACCGCUGAGCGAUACUCUCUCAUCCGCAACAAAUGUCCCGCUGAUCGCCAACAAGUGUCGGUGGUCGAGAGUGGCUCAUCGCUUCGGGCCCGUUUCGCUGCCCUCUUCUUCCUGCUUCAGGGAGAAUACCGAGAUGUUUACCUCCACUGCAGCCUCAGCCUGUGUGACCGCAGGAGGCACUCUUGCAUUCCGACUUGCGCAAGGAGGGCACACCGCUCUGUCUCAGACUCUACCCGAAUGAAGCCAGUCACCAUUGGCCCAAUCACUUGGAAUAAAUCAUUUGAGUGACAUCCAUUAAAAAAGAAUGACCUGGUUCGGAGGUGGGGUACACCCUCGACCAUUCAGCAGUCAAACACAGGCAACAAAUCAUUCACACUUUGAUUCAAACCUAUGAGUAUUUCAUUAACCGAAGAAAGUUUUCGAGAUGUGACGGUGGGGGCAGGUGGGACUGGAGAAUCCGGAGAAGAUCCACUUAAGCAUGAGGAGAAAGUGGAAACUCCACACAGAGAUGUUCCAACAUCGAUUGGAUUCGGACGUCCUGAGUGUGAGGCAGAAGGGUUGAGCAGAAAGAUCUUUGAAAGCAACUCAUAAUAAUCAACAAAUCAUCUUCAAAAUAAAGGAUACAAUCAUUUUGAAAAGAA